AUGCGUCGCGGCCCGACACGAGAGAUCGCUCGGUGUGCCAGAGAGAACGCGACCCCAUCAUCUUCACAUAUACCCUUGUACGUUAACCGAGAUGAGACAAUCAACCGGUCGGUAAGAGAUCGUCAACGUCCUGCCUCAUCCGUCUACGAUCAGAAGGUUCAUAAUCCCAUAGGUGGAUCAGUUCCGGUACGGAGAUUCGAACGACGAUCUCGACCUGCACUAUCAAUUACGUCUCCAGAAGGCGAAGGCCGGAUCCGACCCCAGACCAUGUUCUGUGCUACCAACGACGAAUCAAUUGGGGUGGAAAAACGAUAUCCACUCCCAAAUGGCGUCAUCGGUCGAUCCGUUCGAAUGAAUGCCGCAGCAAGAGCCACUCGACGUCGACUGCGUAUGAGUGAAACGUUCGAUGAACUGAGUCGAAAACAAGAAGAGAAACAUCCAGCAUUGACACAAAACACCUCACAACCAACUGUAAAGUUCCGUCGCCCCAUGUCGAUGGUGCUGACCAACCAGCGGCCAGCUCCGCUGGUCAAGAUCAGCGAGUUGCCGUUGGACGAAGAGGAUUCAGAAGACCAGAAGAAGGAGGAUGACAUCGAAUUCAGUCGACAAAUGGCGGCGGCCGCUUUCAAAAUGCUGGACGCGCAAGUGGCCCUACAACAACAUCAAAAAGAGAUGGCCAGAGAGGAGGGAAAGGCGAAGCGACGAUCUUUGAUUAAUUUCUCAUCCUUAUCCUCGGCCAGCCCCAACUCCAACGGCUCUUUAUUGGGAAUGUUCUUCGGAAACCGAAAGCGGAACGACAAAAGGGAAAUGUCAAACUCGAUCAGUUCCCCGAUACUAAUCCCGUCUAAUGGCGUUAAGCGGUGUACCGUGCGCAGUUCCUCGCUGAACGCAAAACUAGCCGACAAAAACGUAAAGUUUUACCAAGGUUACUCAAGGUUUACAAAAUUUAAAAAUAUUUCGAAUAUAAGAUUCUAAUUUACCUAGACAAACAAAAAAUAACUCUGCUUCAACAGUUAAUAAUAACUUAUAAUUAAUAUUAACUAACAAAAUAUUAACCUUAACAUAAUAUUUUUUCAGAGGAACGACGGCAGCUCUAAUGUGAAGGAAAAGUGUACCAAAGACACAAUACGAGAGAUCCUCGGCCGACGAGGCCCGUAUCCUCAAAUAGUACUACCAGUGAACGGUCGGUACUGGAUGGAUGGAGUGAGUUCCUGUCCUAUUCCCAUGGACGAGGAACUGCUCCAGAAUACCCAACAGAACAACAGUUGUGCCAGAUUCAAGCUCGAGACUGACGACACGUCCCACUCCUACAGACGUCACUUCAUCGGCCGCGAGCACCACAACUUCUUCGCCAAAGACCCCAAACUGGGGCCACUGGUGCUGUCCGUUCGUACUGAGACCAUCUCUUCCCAAGACCACUUCAGAAUUAUCCUGAGGACGAGGAAUGGCACCGUGCACGAGAUUGUGCCGGCUUCAGCCUUGGCCGACAAACCCUCCGCUAGUCGGAUGGCCAGAUUACUGUGUGAAGACAUAUCGACCGAAAGAUUUUCGCCUGUAGCGUUCCCCGGUGGAUCUGAACUGAUUCUCAAGUACGACGAACAUGUAAUCACUGACACCUACAAGUUUGGUAUGUUUUAUGACAUCUUUAAAGUUUUAUUACUUUUUGAUUGAUCUUGUAUAAUAUAAAUAUAACAGAUUAUAAAUAUACAAGAAAACAUGUGUAAUAUAAUCCUUAAGGUUUUUGUGCUCUGCCACAUGGAUUAUUGAUAAGAUAUCUAGAGUUAUAUCCACUAAACACAAAUUAUUACGUUUUGCAGGAGUGAUCUAUCAAAAGUUUGGACAAACAACGGAAGAAGAAUUGUUUGGAAAUGCCAAUGCUACUCAGUCAUUCACCGAAUUCCUCGAAGUCUUGGGUGACCGAGUUCAACUCAAAGACUUCGAAGGCUACCGUGGAGGACUAGACAUACAACAUGGUCAGACUGGUACAGAGUCUGUCUACACAUCGUUCAGACAGAAGGAAGUCAUGUUCCACGUGUCCACCAUGUUACCCUACACAGUCGGAGAUACACAACAACUACAAAGAAAACGACACAUCGGCAAUGACAUUGUAGCCAUCGUAUUCCAGGAAGAAAACACCCCCUUCUCCCCCGACUUCAUCGCCUCCAACUUCCUCCAUGCCUAUAUUGUUGUACAACCCAUCGAUGCAGGCACAGACAACCCCAAGUACCGAGUGUCAGUGACAGCACGAGACGACGUCCCAUUCUUCGGCCCCACCCUGCCAGCCCCCUCCAUCUUCAGGAAGGGUCUCGACUUCAGAAACUUCCUAUUGACAAAGCUUAUCAACGCCGAGAACGCUGCCUACAAGGCCGACAAGUUUGCCAAAUUGGCCGAACGAACUCGAGUAUCUCUUCUGGACGGACUACACUCGAAUCUAGUAGAACGUGCUCAGUUCUACGGAAUGGCGUUCUUAGAAUCAGCAGAUCCCCAAGCUUCCACCACCAGCUCAACAGGUCUCUUCAGUUCAGUCAAGAAGGCCUUCAGUGGUCGUAGUCGGUCUGUUUCACAAGAUGUCACCGCAAUGGGAGCUGUUCACGGCAGCACCCGGCUGUCAGCUGCCGCCUUAGGAGAACAUAUAUCAUCUCCGGCGAUCUCUCGCGCCAAUAAUGGCUCUACGUCGUUCUCGGCACAAAGAAAAUCUCCAUCGUCAUCUGGCUCCUCCAACUUUGUCAGAAGAAAGACGGUAGCAUCUCCAUCGCUAGCCAUGAUGAACGACACUUUUGAAGACGUAACUCAACAUAAAGGGUCAGUCUCCAAACAAUCAGCAGCAGGAAAGGCCAUGGUGACGAGGAAUCACUCCACCGCCUCAGGGGAAAAUUCCUUUCCAACCGGUUUAAGGGUUCAACCGACAUAUCAACAAAAGUAAGCGGCUAACCUACUAUAAUAUAACAAAACCUAGGCAAAACACUCAGUUAAAGAUUUUUUUAAAUACAGAAACUAUAGAAUAACUUACAGUACCAGGGACGUCGCUACGGUUUUUCUCUGGGGGGGAAAAAAAAUUUUUUUGGUCCACAGGUAGCAGCUACCUGUGGACCGAUUUUUCGAAAAUUUUUUUUUUCGUUUUUUUCACGUACAGGUCCUGUGGAUUUUUUUUCGGAUCGGCUCUGGGGGGAGUCACCCCGAACCACCCCCCCCAAACGACGUCCCUGUACAGUACCUAAAUGAAAAACAAGCCAAACUAAAAAUACUAAAGAAACCUAAAAUAUCACUCCCUAAAUUAACCAUUUCAGAAUCUCUCCGAACGGAAGCACUGACUGGGAAGAAUACUCCAGCUUCGAACACGAAGAUCACAUGGAAGAGCACGAUUCUGACACUGGCAUGGAAAGCAUGUCGUCGACUGACAUGCACACCGCUCACCUCGGAAUGCUCCAUCACCAUCAUCCUCAACAUAACUCCUCCUCGUCAAAUCGAUCAGUUUGCACGUUUUGUCUCGAGCAAGAAGAUCAGAAGCGACUCGAAGAGUUGAUCGUGAGCAUGGAUCGGUUGAAGACUGAAAAGAGCGACCUACUACAACAAAAUGUCACUUGUAAAACUGACAUCAAGAAGCUCAAGCAGAGGUGAGUUUAGUUUUUUGAAGUCAAGUUUCGUUUUAUCAAAAAAAACGAAAUAUUUUCUAAAACAAAAAUCAGUUUGCAGGUUUGAGACGAAAUGUCACAAAAAUAAUAGAUUUUUUACCAAAAAUAGAAUCCAUUUCAUGACUUUGGUAAAAACUAAACUAAAACAAUAUUUUUUGUAAUUCAAGGUCACAAAUUACGAUUAACACUGAGUUUACGACAUUUUAAACUUCCAUAUUGUUUACGACCGCUUUUCAGACAAUCGAUGUUAUCGACGGAACUCGAACGAGCCAACGACGAGAUACAACGGCUUCGGCGAAUGUUGAAACGGCCUUCAAACGGAUCCGACUCCUCAGGGCAUUCUUCCACCUGUUUCUCGAGUUCCCCACCUUCAAUCACCCCUCUGGCUAGUCGCGAGCUCGACUUUCAUGUGGUUUCCCCCUAA